AUGGCCCUCCUCACCAACCCCGCCAAGCAGCCAGAGUAUCGGCAGCGCCGCGACCACCGCGACUUCCUGUUACGACUAAAGGACCUGCUGCCCAGCCGCGGCCAGCUGUUGGAAGACGUGGAGGCGGCCGUCGCGGGCGAGGGCCUGCGGCUGGAGGACAGCAGCUGGGAGGAAGCUGCCGCGGCACUGGGGGGCGAGUACCUGCGGCAGAACAGGAUCGUCGACGUGGCAGCGGCGCUGGCGCAGCAGCGGGAGGAGGAGAGGGGGGCGGAGGCGGCGGCUGCCGCUGCGGCGGCCGCAGUUGGGGGCUGA